AUGAUGAUGAAGUAUGGUCUAGUGGCAUCAAAGCAAAUGGUGGGAAUAUUCCUCACUGUGUGGAUGAGAAAGGAACUUAUUCAACACGUUUCUCAUCUCAGAAUCUCUUGUGUCACUCGUGGAAUCAUGGGUUGCUUAGGAAACAAGGGAUGCAUAGCUGUGAGUUUGCAGCUCUACAAGACCAGCUUCUGCUUCAUUUGUAGUCAUCUAGCUUCUGGUGAGAGAGAAGGAGAUGAACGUCGCAGAAACUCAGAUGUUAUUGAGAUUCUCAAGAACACAACAUUCCCUAGAAUCUGCAGAACCUCUUUCACCCGUGUCCCCAAUCGAAUCACUAAGCAUGAUCGUGUGAUCUGGCUGGGAGAUUUGAAUUACAGAAUAGCUUUAAGUUACACAGAAACGAAGUCACUCUUGGAUAAAAACGCUUGGGACACUCUUCUCAACAAAGAUCAGCUCAAGAUUGAGAGAGACGCAGGAAGAGUGUUUAAAGGAUGGCACGAAGGAAAAAUCUUCUUCGCACCAACGUAUAAGUACAAUUAUAACUCAGAUGCUUACGCAGGAGACACUACUAAAGAGAAGAAGAACAAGAGAAGAACUCCCGCCUGGUGCGACAGGAUUCUUUGGCACGGUGAUGGAAUCCGGCAGCUCUCGUACGUGCGAGGGGAGUCUCGAUUCUCCGAUCACCGGCCAGUCUGCGCCGUGUUCGUUGUCAAUGUUGAGGUUUGCGAGGGUAGAAUCGGAACUAGGAGGCAAUAG